CGCGAGCGUACUGAGCUGACAAAUUUCAAACUGAACGGCGGGGAGUUGAAGCUCAGACUGGAUAAAAACAACACGUUUAAUUGUCUAGUAUAUUCAAAACGAUUAAGAAAAUGACGAGCACACUGAACGGAAUUACUCUGAAGGGAAGCGCUGAGCUUGUAGCCGAUUUCUUCUCAUUUGGCAUCAACAGCAUCCUGUACCAGAGGGGCAUCUAUCCUCCAGAGACAUUCACCAGGGUCACCCACUAUGACAUGAGUCUUCAGCUGACCACAGAUACCAAACUGAAGAACUACCUGACCAAUGUGGUGUCUCAACUCAAAGAGUGGCUGUUUGAGUGCACCGUGCAGAAGUUUGUGUUGGUGAUCACGUGUCUGGAAACCAACGAGGUGCUGGAGAGAUGGCAGUUUGACAUCGACUGUGACAAAUCCGCAAAGGAGAGCAGUGCUCCGAGAGAGAAGUCCAUCAAGAGCAUCCAGCAGGAGAUCCGCUCAGUCAUCAGGCAGAUCACUGCCUCAGUCACCUUCCUGCCCCUGCUCGAGACCCCAUGUGCCUUUGACCUCCUUGUCUACACGGACAAAGACUUGAUGGUUCCUGAUAAGUGGGAGGAGUCUGGGCCGCAGAUAAUCGACCAAUCAGAAGAGGUGCGCUUACGCUCCUUCACCACCACCAUCCACAAGGUGAACAGCGUGGUGGCCUACAAGAAGACCGACUCCGUUUAGACUCUCAGAGGAGCCAAAUGUUCUGCAGUGAUUUCCUGAUCAUGUGUCUCUCUUUUCCUGUUUUGUCUACAUCGAUGUAAAUAUUUGUCAUGAGCAUUGAUCCAACAGUAAGGAACAACUGCAUCUUUUCUUUUCUUUGUUUCCCCUUUUCUCAAGUCUUCAAUCUCUGUUUGAAUGUAGUGGUUUAUAUGUCAAACUUUUAUAAAAUCUCGUAAAUAAAUGUCUUUUUCUUAAA